UGGCUACCUUCCACAUGUUUGAAAUUUGCAGCCAGUAAAAAUCGGUCAGUUUCAUCAUCACCAGAAGCAAUUGAUGUUGACAUGCAACCGACUGGCACCGAGUGUGUUACAGCAACAAAAUGCUCCGUCUUCUUCUAAACACUACGACAUAAAAUGGCGGAAGUUGAGGAGAGAAAAGGUGUUGAAGAUUGACUUGCCCGACUUCGAUGAAAGAAGACGUGAGGAAAAGAUGACACCAGAUGAAAUGCGCCUAAAGAUGAAGAAAGAUGGUAGACUUCCCCCUCGGAACUUCAUGGAGAGACCACUGAAUAUUGCUUCAACGGGUGGGUUGUUCGAACAGUAUGUACCACCAGAGGGGGAUGGAAAAUCUUCAGCAAUAUCGAAGGAUGGAGCAAAACAGCGAUUAACAGAAUUGGAGAAGCGUGGGAAAUCUUACAUGGAGCUGAGGAAAAUUAGAAAGUACGAGGAAAAUUUUGAUACCAAAGAAUUUGCACAGCAAGCUCAGCUGAUAUAUAUUGAGGCCCAUAAGUUGAUGGAGGAUGUCAAAAAGAAUGAAGAUGAACUUCAUGAUCGCAUUACUGAACAUGCUUACCCACAAAUGAUGUUUGGCUUGGAGCUGAAAUCCCUGCGUUGGAACUUCAUAGAAUCAUUGGAACCACCGAGAGUAGUCCACAUCCGCACCACAGAACUUAUGGGGAAAGAAAAUCUGUAUGCACAAGUGACUGUUCGCAUGCACACAAAACAAACGCUAGCAAUCUAUGACCGAUUUGGUAGGCUGAUGUUCGGCAGUGAAGCUGUAGUAAAGGACAUCUUGGAAUAUGUUGUUUUCGAGAAGCAUAUUGUGAAUGAGUAUGGAUUGUGGCGAAUCCACGGUAAAAUAGUUCCUGAUUGGAUGCCUCCACGGGAACCUCUGAUCAAGUCCUACCGAAAGCCGGCAAUUGAACCAGUGCAGGAAGACGAACCUAAAUCUGAAGUAGUAGAGGUUGAGGAAACGACACAGCCUAAUCUAGCAACUGCAUAAUAAAAAAUAGCAUGGGACUUGUCUUCUGCUUACAGGAGGUUUCAUAACCGGUCUAGUUGUUUUAUUAAGGAAAAAAAAAAGGUUGAGCAAGGAAGGCCUGCUCGUUUGUUGCUUAGGCUCAGUAAUGAUGUGUGAAAUUGCAUAAAAUCAUUCGUCUCACCUAGUAUAGCUGCCAGCCUUGUUUCUUUCAUUUAUUAACAUAAACCUGAAGAAUAUUUCAUUUACAGAGGGUGUCGGAAUCUCUGUGGGCCUAGUGGUUAGCAUGCAGACGCAAGCACGACCCAGGGGCCUCUCACCAAUGUGUUGCUGUGUUCAAGUGCAGCUCAUGCCGGUCAUCUGGGUGAAGGCCUUCAACAAAUGCAGAUGACCAUGGGUUUCUCCAGGGCUCUGCCCAGUUUGCU